AUGGCGCAACAAGUUUACGCAAUUCGCUCUCCGUGGUUUGUAUACUUACAUGAUUUGCAGAAAGCCGAAGAAGGACCAACUGUGCGUUUCAUCCAACAUGGGAAACCAGUAAAACAUUCUCUUGGGCCAGCCGAAUUCGGCAAAUAUCAAGAUAAUAGACACCAAUGCAAAUACACAUCGGUUAAGAAAUUGAAAUAUGGUAUUACUCUGUCCCAGGCUGGGGAAUCCUUUAACGUUUACAAUUACGCAGAGAAUAAUUUAAAAGAGACAAAAGAACGGGAGAAAUGGAAAAGAGGAUGCGAGGAUGGGUUCUUUCAGACUGAUGCUGAGGAUUGGGUAGACAAAGGGUCGAUUCAUACCCAAUCAGAGUAA